AUGGACGAUGAUGAACCUUUUAUUUACCGGCUCAAUGAUAAUGGAUCCGGCCCGAGUUUGCUUGUAAAAGUUUGUGCUGAACGUGGUUGGCGUAUAUACCAAGGGCAUGGUGGUGAAGAGAAAUGGAACCUCUGGUGGCGGAGCAGCGCUUUCCCUCCAACAUGCUACAAAACUCUUGAUGAUUGGCAGUUUAUGAAUCAUAUACCAAAAGGGGGCUCGAUAUGUCGCAAGGACAGUCUCUCUCGGCUUCUUCGGUGCAUGAGAAGGAUCUACGGACCUAUAUAUGACUUCAGCCCGCCAUGUUUCCACUUACCCCUGGAGUAUGCAAAGUUGGUGUCUGAAUGUUCACGUCUGAGGCGAAGCGAAGAUGGCAACGACGUUGUGUGGAUCCAUAAACCGGUAGCACAGAGCCAAGGGAGAGGGAUAUUUCUUUUUCGUAGCAUUUGUGAAAUGCGCUGCGGUAGCCCGGCUGUGGUGCAACGAUACAUUGAAAGACCUUUACUCAUCGCUGGGUAUAAGUUCGACCUACGGCUUUACGUAUGUGUCCCUGGAUACAGACCGCUUACUGCUUAUAUGUAUGCGGAGGGGCUGGCUAGGUUCGGCACCGAUAAAUACACAUUAUCCGACAUACACAAUCCGUAUAGGCAUUUAACGAAUUCCUCAUUGAAUAAAACUGGACCCAGAUUUGCAGAAUGCAAAGACAGAAUUGGAAGUGGUUGUAAAUGGACACUAAAGCAAGUACGUCGCGCGCUGAUCGGCAGAUGGGGAGCUAUGGAAUGGCUAGUUUGGCAGAGGAUAAGAGCCAUAGUAACUCUGACGCUGUUAGCACAAGCAGCCGGUACACCCCCCGCUAGAAACUGUUUUGAAUUCUAUGGCUUUGAUAUAUUGCUCGACGAUUCUUUGAAGCCAUGGUUGAUUGAGGUGAACCUCUCUCCAGCGUUAGCAGCGGACUGCGAAGCGGAUAUCACAGUGAAGCAGCCAAUGUUGCACGAAUUGUUUGAUCUUCUCGGCUUGCCGAUGAGACACACUGGUCUUUCAUACCUGCAGGGACCUUCUGUACCAUACAUUACCAGUUACAGCUCCGAAGAUGAAAACGGAACACCUAGCGUGGCAAGCCGUUCAGCUUCAGGUAAACGCGGCGGGCGCUUGCAUCGCCGGCGCAGGGCCAUGCCGGUACACUGCGUUACUAUCCAACCGCCAAUGUCUGAUAAGUAUACGGAUGCUCCUGAUAAAAUAAAAGAUAAGCAGAUAGAUACUUUACACAGCUACAAAUCAUCUUCCGACAUAGCUAGCGACGUAUCAGACACCCAGUCAGGACCAAGGAUUGCCUCUCCACCGGAAGCAGCAGACGAGACGUGGCGUGGGGGCUACUCCACGGCGGCAUCUCGAAGACGAAUGAUGAAUGCCUGCAUGUGGGGCAAUGGAGUGAGAUGGGAUAGGGGCUCUAACCGCGUGGGACAGUGGGUCCGGAUUCAUCCACAUACGCUCUCUAAUUAUGAACAACUACCCUUAGAAGACGUCAGAGAAAGUGUAGCCCAUGUGUCGAAGUUUGUGCGCGCGGCUCGUGAGGUGGUCCGGGAGUGUGGGCGCGACGUGCGUUCCCGGGAUUCUACUAGAGACGCCGUCUUCGAGGCUGCUCUGCGAAAGAAACUUUCGUAUGGACCGAAUUUCGAAGUUUGGCUGCCACCGUUUUAA